GGAGACACUGCGGUCUUUGCGCUCCGCUCUUCCACACUGUUCUUCAUAAGGACGGGGACAAACGGUGAAACACGAGCCCCGCUCCGCUGCGUGUAUUUGUUAUAUCGGCAGUGAGGGGAGUUUUUCUCGGGUUCAGGGAGUGUUGUGGCUGAUCGCAGGCCUGGUAUUGACCACCGAUAGAGAACUUUUCUCAGACCCAAAGUUGUCAGGCAGCGCAUCUUGGGCGCAUGCGCAUCUCUCUUCUAUCCUGCUCUAAAUAAGAGUUAAAACAGAAACGAGGUUGUGGGAUACUUGAGGAGUGGCAAUGACUGACACUCCACCCAGUGAUGGCCCUUCCCAGGGAGGAGAGUUUGACAUGAUGGGUGCUCUUGACUGGAAGGAUGGUAUUGCCACGCUGCCAGGCAGUGACAUCAAGUUCCGCAUGACAGAGUUUGGGAUCCUUGAGAUUGUUACAGACAUAGAAGUUAAAGGGCAGGUAGCAGAGCCUAAAAGUGAGACCAUAGACCCAGCUCCGUCUCACACGCCCACCCCUCCUCCAGAGGGCCAGUCACAGACAGGGACAGUCAAAGCUCCAGUCAAUCAGAAUCGACCAGGAUCAUCUCAAGCUAAAGCUCCUGGUCCUGUGCUUCUGUCUUUAGAGGAGGGCCCCAGUGUGGAGGAUGGUCCCAGUGUUGAAGUUGGCUCUAGUGCCGACAUAGGCCCACAUGGGGAGCUGUCAAGGUGCCGCGCCUGUGGUGGCCCUGUUUCCCGGAAUGUCCUCUUUCAGGGAAAAUUCUGCAGCUCCAUUUGUGCACAGCCCUCAAGUGGCAGGCCAAAUCAAUUUCUUGGCUUUUUUCCCCCAAGAUCAUCUCCAGGGGAAGCACGAGAGAGUCAGACAGCAGAAGGUGAGAGGCUCGGUAAACGUGUGCGCAAAAAGAGAAAGAUCUACAUGGAUUCUGGUGAUGAGGAGGAAGACAACCAAGAGGAACCAGAGGAAAAGGCCAAGACUACCAAAGGCAGGAGAGGUGCCAAAAUCGCAAAACUGGUGACUGGCCCUUCCUCUAAGAAGCGGGCGUGGAGCUGGCCUGCUUACCUGGAAGAGGAGAGGGCCAUUGCUGCUCCUGUUAAACUAUUCAAAGAGCAUCAGUCGUUUCCUCAGAGCAGGAAUGGUUUUAAGGUGGGGAUGAAGUUGGAGGGACUGGACCCGUCUCACCCGUCGCUUUUCUGUGUUCUCACUGUUGCAGAGAUCCAAGGAUACAGGGUAAGGCUUCACUUUGAUGGUUACCCGGAAUGCUAUGACUUUUGGGCCAACGCUGACUCGUGGGAUCUGAAACCAGCUGGCUGGUGCGAGAAGAAUGGACACAAGUUAUUGUUGCCUAAAGGUUGUAAAGAUGGAGAGUUCAACUGGAACAUGUAUGUGAAGAACUGUCGAGGUCAACUGGCUCCAAAACACUUUUUCAAGAGUCUAAACACAUCUGUCACUCCAUCUGGAUUCAGAGCAGGAAUGAAGCUGGAGGCAGUUGACAGGAAGAAUCCCUCACUGAUCUGUGUAGCCACCAUCGCUGCUGUUGUUGACAACCGUCUGCUCAUUCAUUUUGACAACUGGGAUGAUACUUAUGAUUACUGGUGUGACCCCAGCAGUCCAUACAUCCAUCCUGUGGGUUUCUGUGAAGAGGCUGAGCUUACUCUGACCACUCCAGCUGGUAAGACACAGACCAAGACACAUGUGGAAUAUAAGCAACCCAAGAGUUUCUCAUGGGAGAAGUACCUGGAAGAAACAGGAACACAGGCUGCUCCUGCUCGGGCUUUCAAACCGCGACCUCCACAUGGCUUUCAGAUUGGUAUGAAAGUGGAAGCUGUUGAUAGGAGGAAUCCCAUGCUUGUCCGUGUCGCAUGUAUAGCAGCUACAGAGGAUCACAGACUGAAGAUCCAUUUUGAUGGCUGGAAUCCAGAAUAUGACUUCUGGGUGGAGACAGACUGUCCUGACCUGCACCCUGUAGGGUGGUGUCAGAAGACUGGACACCCACUACAGUAUCCUAACGGGUCCAGUGAUAUAGUGCCACCCCCAGGGCAAGGAUGUCCUACCCCAGGAUGCAACGGGGUUGGCCACAUCAGAGGACCUCGCUAUGGCACCCACUAUACUCAGGUGAGCUGUCCCUAUUCUGAGAUGAAUCUGAACAAAGAGGGCCUGCUGCCAGACCGUCUCAGUGGGGAACGACCUCUCGCUCUCAGUGGGCCACAUCCUCGCGGGCGUCGUCCCGAACCACACACAAACACUACGACUCAGAUCUCCUCCGCUCCGGAGCAGCCUGAAGGAGCCGAGGAGUCCCAGAACAGGAAACCAGCGACAGUGGAAGCUGAGCGCUUGGGGCGCAACGCCCAGCCUGAGACACUAGGUGGAGCCAGUGAGCAGAGCCAAAAUGGAACAAGACCUAAACGGACUGCUCCAGUUCCUAAAUACCUGAAAAUGCACUAUGUAAAGGAGGAGAUCAGUGACGGUAAAGCCUCUCCAGACACCAUCUCUCUCCAGCAGGCCCUCCACGAGUCUGUGUUCUCCCCCGGCAUCUCUGCCUCUCCUCCCCACCGGGUGGCUCUCUGCUGGGACAAGCACUGCCAGCUGCUGCCCGAGGUCCUGGGGCUGACUGCCAAGAGAGUGGCCACUUGGAGCGCUGAGGAGGUGGCCGGUUUUGUCAAAGGACUCCCUGGAUGUAAAGAACAUGCUGCUACAUUUAAAACAGAGCAAAUCGAUGGCGAGGCCUUUCUGCUACUCACCCAAACAGACAUUGUCAAGAUCCUGUCAAUCAAGUUAGGGCCCGCCCUGAAGAUCUAUAACUCCAUCCUCAUGUUGAAGAAUGCAGAUGAAGAAUAGGACUCGACUCGUUGAGGUUUUGUCUCCUCCUCACAUGUUUCCUUCGCUUCACUUUCAUCAACACUCAGACAUUCAAGCUUCAUCUGUCAAAGAUGCAGCGACGUGCGAGAAGAGGAAAAAAAAACGUCCAAAAGUCCUCAUCCUCUUUUCUCUCUUUGAUGCACCUUGAGGGAAGUAAUCGUGAGGAUUCCACUUAUAUUGUGUUUGUUUACCUACCGAUCCAUCAAAAAAAAAACUACAGCACCUUCAUGGCUUCUUAAUAUUGUACAGUAAACCAUUUGGAUUUAGUGUCUCGAUUCUGUUGCAUUUCUUGUUUUUAUUUGAACUGUAAAUGAAAUGGUGCUUGGGCUUAGAGCAGAUGGAACAAGAGCAUUUGUGGUUUGUUGCUUUUUACUUGGCAACAAAAUUUUUUUUUUUUAAAUGCUGCAAUUAACAAUCAUUUUAAAAUGUGAAAUCCAGUGGAGCAGAAGCACUAUGUAGUUCAGCUAUUCUCCUCUAGAUGGAGAUAGUGGGUCACUCCACAGACCUGAAGGCAGGAGAGUUUGGUUCAUCUGGAGUUGGCUGGAGCUGAAACUGAACAGGAUGGUUAAAAUUGAGUGUGCAUGUGUGCGCACACUUGUGUGUUUGAGAAAUAAGGACAUAAUUUCCCACCAGCCCGUAUGUGUUCCUAUUUUGGUCUGGGAGGGAGGGGGGGGUGACAAGCAGGGCUAAGGGCUAGUUAUUAAAUCUUAGAAACUUGCUGUCUUUUUAAGGUGGAAUGAAACAAUGUACCAGCUCUGUUUAUGUCUGUUUGCUUUUCCGGGAAUGGCACAUGAAUGUGGACGUUAACAAACAACCUCUUGUGGUUUUGUUGAUAUUGACCAUCUUGUUUGGUUUAAAUAACCCUGUCAUUUACAUUGUAAAUCGCAUAUAGCUACAAAAAAAAGAGAAAGACUGUCUUUGCUUUUUACAAGGGUUUACUUGUGCUUGGUUAUGCAAAGCCAUGGCGUCUUUCCCCAGGGAAGGACAGUGAACUGAAAAAAACCCAAAACACUUUUUGAGGGAGGGAGACAUUGUCAAUGUCUUUGUGAAUGAGUGCACAGUCACAGCCAGUCGAAUGUGUACAUCAGCUACUGUUUAUAUGCAAACAGCUUUUAUUUAUAUGUUCUAAUUUAAGGGGUAAUGGUACGCUGCUCUGGCUGCUCUGAAGGUAGAUGUGGUUGUUUGAUGGAAUGUGUGAAUGGGUGAAAAUAAAUGCGAUGCACACUG